UUUUUCUCAUACCUUCGUCGCAUUUCAUCACAGAAAGAGAGAGAGAACAGUCGCUAUGAGGAAAUUUGAUCCGUGGCCGGUGUUCUUCAAGAGAGAAUGGAAACGCUGCUGGCCGUUCCUAGUCGGAUUCGCAGUCACUGGCACCAUUGUCACUAAGAUGUCCCUCGGCCUCACCGAGGAGGAUGCGGCGAAGUCUCCAUUCGCGCAGAGGCACAAAAAGCAUUGACUUGUGAAUGCCUAAUUUUGGUGAAUGAAGAAGUCCGUUCAUCUUGGACAUGGAUUUUACAUUAUGGUUUUUCUCCUUUUUAAAUCAAUUACUGCCUGAUCAUGACACUCCAGUGACAGAUUUUGAGCUUUGUUUGUAGAAACCGAGUGUGUUCUCUCUGUUCCUUGAUUGGGUCACGCAAAUAACAAGAAUGCUCUUUCGUGCUGUUGAAAAACUCUCAUUUAUAUAUGAUAAGCGUGGCAUCUUGAACUCAAA